CACUCUCACUCUCAUUCUCAUUCGAGCUGCUCUCCUCCUUCAACCUGGACAAAGGGACUGCCUGGUAGUUGUCAAUUGAGUUCCCGAGCGACGCGUUCUUCCAAAUUCAUGCUACAAUGGCAGAAUAUGAAAGCAGCCACCAUAACUACACCAUACCAAAAGAAACCGCCCUACAAGCACUAAACACCAUAAUCCAACUUCAUUUUGAGAAAACCCUAGAGAAGAAACGAUCUGUCGACCUACAGAAAAAGGAGCUAUGGAAGCUUUUCCAGCUCUUUUUCCUGUUUUUGGCCCUUGUAUUUGCUGCUCAAGUCCAAUCACCUAGGCUGCAAUGCCGUCACUGUUGGGUACCUAUUGGGCUCCUCUCUCUAGCCCACCUCAUCUUUUAUGUGUCAGUGGCUCAGACCCUUCGCUGCAUCAAUGGAUUUAAGUAUCAGAGACGGUGCCAUAAGUUGACACUUGGGUUAGCCACCGAGCGGCUCAGACAGAUCAGGAUGAGAAUGAGUAGUGUUGGUGCUACAGCUGGUGAAGAUGUUGUGAGGGAUGAUUAUGAGAUUAAUUAUCAAGAGCCACCAGAUACUUAUUUUGGUAAGUUUAAGAGGAAUUGGGCUUUGCAUUUCGGGUUUUUGAUAUUGGUUUAUAUGUUUAUGGUAUCUUCUUCUGUUGUGCUUCUAUGUUUCUAAAAUUUGUCCUUAAACAAUGUAAGCUUGAUUUUAGUUUAAUCAAUCUUAUAAUUCUAUUUUGAUUUC